AUGGCUCGGGGGAUGGAAGAAAGAAAGGGUGGUGCAAUAAGGGCUGGUGGAGCGGGAAGAAGGUUGAGAAGUGUGGAUGGGAUGGUUCCAGAAAGUUGGUUGCACACCAUCACCGACAUUAGUGUCUAUAUACAAAUCUUUCCAUCGGCGGCGGCCAUAAGACGUAAAUAG